CGUAAGCGCACUUAGAUAUCAGUCUCCGGCAGCAUAAAUAGGCUGCAGGUCACUGCUACUCUUACUGAUAGACGAAGAACUGAAGAGAUGGAUCCUAAAAGGAUUGAGGCAGAGCCCGGAGACCUGAUAGAGAUCUUCCGUGGGAUGUAUCAGCACUGGGCCCUCUACAUCGGUGGAGAGGAAGUUGUUCAUUUCACUCCUCCAAAUGGUGAUAUUGCCCUGGAGACCAUAGGAAAGGUGAAGCGUGAGAAGAUCUGGAAAGUGGUCGGCAAUGAUAGAUUCAAGAUCAACAACCUCCUAGAUAACAAGUACCAGCCGCGUGAGUGUUACAUCAUCUUGAAGGAGGCCUGUAGCAUGGUGGGUCUGAAGAUGCCGUACUCUAUCGUGAAUAGCAACUGCGAGCACUUUGUCACAGACCAACGAUACGGCAUUCCAGAGUCUCGACAGGUUACCACAGCAGCUACGAUUGGAGGGGCAGUUGUAGUAGGUGUAGGGAUUGUAGCUAUGGGAGCUCUGGUCGCAUCCUGGCUCAAACAUUACAACAAAGAAGGAAGGAGAGAAGAAAGAAGAGAACCAAGGAGAGAACGAAGGAGACAUUACAAUUGGCAGCAAUGAGACAGCAAGAUGAAAGGAAAGAUCCUGCCAUUGUUUGAGUCAAUUCACCUGGAAGUGAUUAUGAUCUAAACAUUGUGAAUAAACUAUUGUCUUUGUUGGUGUAUUGCUAUCAACAUACACACGUACAAACACACACGCGGACACACACACACACACAAUACAACUUUGGAAAAGAUUAGCCAAGCUUUUGUGGAGAAAAAUAAAGUUAUAGGUAAAUCCAUGGCUGUUAUGUUUGAUAUUAGUGCUGUUGGGUAGGUUGACCCCAUGGUUGUCUGAGACUAUGUCCUCUGCCAUUCCCCAAUUGGAUGUUGUGAGCUCUAGAUCACGGUCGGACCGUUUGCUGACACUUGAAUCCGUCAGCACAGCUGAAACUGCACCUCUUUGUUCUAACAGGCGAUCGAGCAUAAGAUAGACAGAAUUCCAUUGAGUGGCAACAUCUUGCACAAGUUUAUGCUCUGCAACAUUCAGUUCUCUUUGUUUUACUGCAAGUGCUGUGGUGGCCUUUGUGCUUUUUUUGAAGUGUGAAACAAGGCGCCUUGCAGCAGCGACAGUGCGACACACAGGAUCUUUCUUUAAUGUGCUGUUAAUGCAGAAUUGCAGUGUAUGCCCCGCACAACGGACUCCCUGUACAGUUCCCCACGAUGGGUCUUGGGCCAGUUGAUUGGUGCAUGCAACCAUAUUCAUUGCAUUGUCAUGGACAACAGAAACCAUCUUAAUAUCUGGAAUGUCCCAAUCAGAAAUGACUUAUUUCAGUGUUUGUGAAAUAUGUUCUGCUGUAUGACUUUCCUCCAUUUUUUUUUGUUGCUAACACAAAAUUUUCCAGUCGCCAGGCGUCAGUAAUAAGAUAUGCCUCCAUUUGCAGCAAGGUCCAAAUAUCUGUGGUGAGGCUGACUGCUUUGCAAUUGUUAACAUGUAAACCUCCGCGCAAUAAACUCUGCAAUUUUGUC